AUUUUAGAGUUUGUGAAAAGUCCCCUUGGAGUUGCCGUACCUUACGAAAGCGAAGGUUAGUUAGCUUGAAAGCUAAUUUCACAUGUCUGCGUGCUGACAUUGAGGCCAAGUAACCUCCAAUUACCAGUGUUUGAUAUCGUCUACAAAAAGUAAAAGGGUCCUCAUCAUCAUGGUUACUGGGAAGCGGCUCGCUGACAUCGGCUAUCGGGUCUUCUCUGGCUCGAUGAUGUUGCUGACGGUCUAUGGAGGAUACCUGUGUGCGUUAAGAGGAUACCGCUACAUGCAGAGGCAAAAACAGCUGAAACUGGCAGCAGAAAACCAAGAUCCUGAAAUCAUCAAAGACUGAUACAUGAUGGACUGCUUUUCUUUGUUUGCACAGAUGUGGACAUUUCCCAUUCCUCUUGCCAAUUCUCAUCCAUCACCAAAUAAUGAAGUCAAAUCUUCUCUGGAUGUUCUUUUGAUUUCUGUGAGGGUAAAGAGCCCAAACAAGGAAGACGUGUUGUCAUAAGAUCUUCAAGAAAAUUUAUUAUGAUCAUAUUUGCAUCAAUGACCUGCUUAAAAUCCCUGUUAUAGGCGGCACUGUUUGGAGUCAAGAUGGCUGUAAUUGUUUGUAUUAUAUUAAAUUAAAUGCCUUUAAAACA